CCCGUCGCGUCCGUUGCCAUGAAGCGGAAGCAGAGAGCCUCCGCGGCGGCCGCCGCCGCCGAAGUCGACGCCGACGAGCCCUCCCUGGCCCCGCUCCCCCUCGACGACUACUCUGGCGACGUCUGCGCGGCCCUCACCGCGCGCUACGGCCGCUCCGCCGCCGCACAGCACAAGCACCUCCUCGCCACCGCCGCCGCCAUCCGUUCCAUUCUCGCCGACGACGGCCUCCCCCUCACUGCCGCGUCCUACCUCCCCGCCGUAGUAUCCGCCCUCCGAACCGCCGGCCCGUCCGACCCCGCUGCCGCUUCCGCCCUCGCCUCCCUCCUCGUCAUCCUCAUCCCCCACAUCCCCUCCCUGCCGCCGGCCUCUGCCUCCGAGUCUGCCUCCUCGCUCGCCGAAUUCCUCGCCUCCCCUGACGCCUCGAAGCUCCCCACCGGCACCGUGCGCUCGGUGGUCAAGUCGCUCGGCCACCUGGCCCUCCUUCUCGACGCUGCGGCUGAUUGGGACGCUGUUGCAACGCCUCUCGAGGCUCUCCUUGCUUCUUCCGUGGAUCAGCGGGCCAAGGUUCGAAGAUGUGCACAGGAGAGUGUGGAGAAGGUAUUUGCUUACUUGGAACGUUCUGGUUGUGUGAAGAAAGCUAGCAAUGCUGCAAUUGCCUUGUUCGAGACACACAUUUCGUCAGUGCAAAGUCUUGCCAAUUUGGAUUCAGAUGCUUCCGAGGCUAAGGAGACCGAAGCGGUUCAUAUGCUAGGUGCAGUAGCAGUUUUAGUUCCAUACCUAUCCAAAAAGGCAAGGAAUACGGUGUUCUCGGGUGCUUGUCAGCUAUUGAGCCGGUGUUUUAGUCCACUUACAAGGCAUGUCAUCAGGCUUAUGGAGACCUUGUUGGAGCAUCUGAAGGCUGAGAAUGUUGAAUCAGAGUUGGAGAAUCUCAUCUCCUUGGUGUUGGCUUACCUCCCUUAUGAUGAGAAGAAGCCUGAUGAUACCAUCAUCGCAGCAUUGCAGCUUAUGAGAAGUUGUUUAGCAAAACUGACUGAUAACCCAAAACAGUGGAGAAAGGCUCUUCCAGCUGCAUUUGAGGCAGUUUCAGGAUACCUGAUUCUGGACAGAAAAUGUUCCGAAGAUGUAGCAAAACUGUUGAUAGACUGCAUCGAUUCUCAUGUUGACCAAAGUAUUUUUUUGACUAAUGAGUCACGGUUACAUGAUUGUGAUGCUGAGGAUUCGAGUGAUGGGGCUGCCAUCAAAGCAAUAUGUUUGUCUAUCAAUAAAAAACUCCGAAAGUGUGUUUCUCCUCCUGAUAGUGUGUUAACAAUUGUCCUGGUUUUGUUUCUCAAACUCGGGAAGAGUUCUUGCAUUUUUAUGAAAGAUAUUCUAUUAACUUUGUCACGGCUUGGUUCGAAAAUACGCAAAGAACCACGCCUAAGGAAUGUUGAACAGUGCCUUGGGGCAGCAGUAGUUGCUAUGGGGCCAGAUAAAAUUCAUUCACUACUUCCAAUAUCUUUUGAUGAGGAUUGGUUUACAUGCUCAAAUACUUGGCUUCUACCCAUUUUAGAUAAGUAUAUUUAUGGGGCCUCACUGCAACACUUUUUAGAGUAUAUUGUACCGCUGGCGAAAUCUUUACAAGAUGCUUCAACCAGAGCCAAAAAAGCACGGAAAUGUAAAGAAUUGCAAGUUUGGAGUGAUCAAUUGUGGAACUUGCUUCCUGCGUUCUGCCGCUAUCCAACUGAUGUAUAUCAGAAUUUUGGUUCCUUGUCCAAACUGCUGGUUGAGAUGCUGAAGUCUGACCGAUCUCUCUACAAACCCGCUUGUAAAGCCCUACAGCAACUUAUAGAUGGGACUAGAAGAUUAAGUACCAGUGAUCAAGACGAUGAAAUCUCUGCAGAAAUUUCAGCCUUGUUCUCCUCGAAAACUAAUAACUUAAGCUGUGUAAGCUUACAAAGGUGCUCUAAAAAAGAUCCCCGCAAAAGCAUGAAAGUCCUGGCAUCACAUUCUGUGGAUCUUCUCUGCACUUUUGCAGAUUAUUUCCUUGACUCAUCAGAAAAGCGCCCUCAUUUAAAGGAUGCUGUGAGAUCCCUGGCACAACUUUCUGGUAGCGCAAACAUUUGUAGCCUCUUUCUUUCACUAGUUAAAAGAUUUGGUCUGGAAGAUACUCCAUUGGAGGCAGAGAGUCUAGAACCUCAAACGAAUGAGGUAGACGGGAAGGGCGAGGAGAGUACUGACGCAACGAUGGAGAUAAAUAAUAAGAGGUCACUUAUAAUGGAACUCAUUUCCACGCUAGCUGAAUCUGCCGAUGAGGAUGUGCUUGAUUUGUUUUUUGGGUUCAUCAAAUCUUCUUUAUUACUGAACAGCAGCAAGUCUUGCGAGAGCAAAGCCCUCUCCGCAUUAAGCAUAAUUUUGAAGGAACACAAUGGAUAUUCUUUAGCCUGGUUGGAUGAAAUAAUGAUGCUUCUUCAUGGAAUAAAGCCAGAAUCGAAUAAGGCAGUUUUAGAAGGCCAGUUAGUAUGCUACAAGCAUUUGUUGGUUCACAUGAUCAAGGUUAAUGAAGAGAGCACCAGCAAGAAGGCAUUCUUGAUUCUAAAUGAGUUAAUACUUGCAUUGAAGUCUAAGAAGGAAAGUAGAAGACUAGCAUACGAUGUACUCCUGGCUAUUAGUACUAGCUUGAGGAGCUCCGAAUCAAAUAACGGAGAUUCAGAUCUUCAACGGCUGUUCACAAUGGUGAUGGGAUAUCUUUCAAGUCCAUCUCCUCACAUAGUGAGUGGAGCAAUUGCUGCGCUAUCAUUGCUUAUAUACAACGAUGCUAAUUUUUGCAUGGAAGUGCCAAAUUUGAUACCGUCAGUUCUAGUUCUGCUGCAAAAUAAAGCUACUGAAGUAAUUAAAGCAUCUUUGGGCUUUGUUAAGGUGUUGGUAACAUCUUUGCAAUCAGAGAAAUUAUUGAAUUUACAAGCAGAUAUCUUGACUGGCAUAUUACCUUGGUCAUCUGUUACAAAGCACCAUUUCAAAGGGAAGGUUGUGCUAAUAUUGGAAAUAUUGAUUAGGAAAUGUGGAUUUGAUGCUAUUAACUUAGUUACACCUGAAAAGUACAAGGAGUUUGUUAGAAGUGUUGAAGAGGGCCGUAAGGGGAAUCAUAAUCCAGUGGCAGAUGGUGCACAGUCCGAGGAAAAAGGUCCUGCAUUGUAUACUCCAAAGAGAAGAAAAUGGACUGAUUCUAGCGCUGAAAUUCGGCAAGAGGAAACAUCGACCGGAAAGAAGGAAUUCUUCAUCAAAGGGGCUGGGAAAGCCCACUUUCGGGGUGCUAGAAGGCAACACGUCAAAGCAUCAGGCGACAAAGGUGAUAGAACUAAUUUCAGAUCCAAAUCCAGAGCACAUUCAGGAAAUAGUGAAAGUCACAGAGGCGAAAAAUCACAACAUCACGAUAAGAGACCCAGAAGUGGUACGUUUAACAGGGCUCAAAACAGCGGAGUGAAAGCAUCCACCCACUCUCCUAGAUUCAAGAGGCCUAGAACUGCAGCGGCAACAGUUCCGGCGGCCAUGGCGGUGGCGGGGCCGGGGCAGCUCAACCUGGACGAGCUCCCCGCGUGGGGCUCCCGCGGCGUCGACUGCUUCGAGAAGCUCGAGCAGAUCGGCGAAGGCACCUACGGGCAAGUCUACAUGGCCAAGGAGACGGAGACCAACGAGAUCGUCGCGCUCAAGAAGAUCCGCAUGGACAACGAGCGCGAAGGCUUCCCGAUCACCGCGAUACGGGAGAUCAAGAUCCUGAAGAAGCUCCACCACCAGAACGUUAUCCAGCUCAAGGAGAUCGUCACCUCCCCAGGACCGGAGCGAGAUGAGCAAGGGAAGUCAAUCGGUGGUAAUAAGUACAAGGGGAGCAUUUAUAUGGUCUUCGAGUACAUGGACCAUGACCUCACCGGGCUCGCGGAUAGACCAGGGAUGCGGUUCACCGUGCCGCAGAUUAAGUGCUACAUGAGGCAGCUGCUGACAGGCCUGCACUACUGCCAUGUCAAUCAAGUGCUUCACCGAGAUAUCAAAGGUUCUAACCUUUUAAUAGACAAUGAGGGUAACCUGAAGCUUGCUGAUUUUGGCCUUGCGAGAUCAUUCUCUAGUGAUCACAAUGGAAACCUGACUAACCGUGUGAUCACCUUGUGGUACAGACCACCAGAGUUGCUACUUGGAAGCACAAGGUAUGGUCCUGCUGUUGACAUGUGGUCUGUGGGUUGUAUUUUUGCUGAGCUUCUCCAUGGGAAGCCAAUACUGCCAGGAAAGAAUGAGCCAGAGCAGCUGACUAAAAUUUUUGAGCUUUGUGGCACCCCUGAUGAGGUAAUCUGGCCUGGGGUCACCAAAAUGCCAUGGUACAACAAUUUCAAGCCUCCCCGACAAUUGAAGAGAAAAGUUAAAGAUGCAUUUAAACAUUUUGACCGGCAUGCUCUGGACCUGUUAGAGAAGAUGUUAACAUUAGAUCCAUUACAGAGGAUAUCGGCAAAAGAUGCACUUGAUGCAGAAUAUUUCUGGACCGAUCCCUUACCAUGUGAUCCAAAAAGUUUGCCAACAUAUGAAGCAUCACAUGAAUUCCAGACUAAGAAAAAACGUCAGCAACAGAGACAAGCGGAGGAAGCUGCAAAGCGCCAGAAAAUACAGCAUCCUCCUCCACAUUCUCGCUUGCCUCCGAUUCAGCAUCCAGGCCAGCCACAUCAAAUCAGGCCCGGGCAGACUAUGCACAAUGCUCCACCCGUGGCAGCUGGUCCGAACCAUCACUAUGCAAAACCCCGAGGACCGGGAGGCCCGAACAGGUACCCACAGGGUGGGAAUCAAGGCAGUGGCUAUAAUAAUCCGAACCGUGGAGGCCAGGGCAGUGGCUAUGGGAGUGGCCCAUAUCCCCAGCAAGGACGGGGACCUCCACCGUUCCCUGCAGCAGGUGGUCCACGUGGCGGGGCUGGCAGUGGAUAUGGAGUUGGUGGGCCAAAUUAUCCACAAGGUGGUGCACCGCCGCCAUAUGGCGCGUCUGGUCCAGGCCGAGGCCCGAACUAUCCUCCUGGUGGUUCUCGCAAUCAGCAGCAGUAUGGGAGCUGGCAAUAGUAUGACAACAUCAUCCGGCGAUGAAACGCCAGACACCUAUUUGUAGUAUCUUUGGUAUUUAAUUGCUACUUGCUAAGAUUGUUGCACGGGCAGCUCUCAAAAGUAUUUGCUUGUGGAUCUAGUUGUAUGUUCAUUGUAUGAUCACUAAUUAGACCUCUUUAGAGACUUGUACUAUGGCUGAGUAAGUACAUGAUAAAGUUUGCACCAACUCUUUUCUUUCUGUUUA